AUGAUGCUGGUGAAUGAUGUGGUGAGACCUGAGAACGUGGUGAUACAGCAGGAGGCGAAGCAGGUGGUGAAAUUGGUGGUGGUGAUGGUGGUGUUGGUGACUUCUCACGAAUUAAUCGGAGAUCAGGACAACUCUCGUGGAUCUGGGUGCUCCACCAGCAGCGAUGACUCAGAACUUCCUUCUAAACGCAAGAAAGUUGAUAGAGACCCUCUUCCAUCUAUCGCUGCUCGGCAUUUAGAAGAAUUAGAUGUCAAGGAAGUUCUGGAGAGCAACGAGAGCAAGGGAGUGCCGGUUCUUCGUUUUUAUGAAGCAUUUCAAUUCCUGAAGAAAAAACACAGGGAUAAUCUCGUCGAAAUUGUUGUCGACGCUCUUUUGAAGAUAAGUCAUACUAUGAAAAAUUCUGAUUUCGAGGCUGUUAGUAAAAAGAUAAUUAAAGUGUUCCCUGCAGAAACCGUUGAUAUCUACUACAAACCCCCGAAGUCAGAGAGCCCAAACCAAUUAAUUUCUUCAGGGCGAAUUCCUACUCGUUAUAGGAACACACUUCAAAGAAGAAAAGUACUCGCUGGAGUGAGCACGCCACGAAAGCCGCAAGCUGUACCAUCUCAAUCCGGGGAAACUCCGUAUCAACUUGUCAUUAAAACUGCAAAUUCACCAGAGUGUAAGGCAGCUGUUAGUUGGCUGGCAAACAGCUCGGAUGACUGGCCCCUGAUCAAGAAGUACUGGAAGCAAUCUGCUCCCCUGCGUCUGAAGUCCAACUAUACUGACAAGAAAUACUCUGCUGCCACCUAUAUUGAGAACUGGGCGGUGCUAAAACACCCGUCAGGAUUCACUCUGUAUGAAGUUGACUUCAGUCUUCUGUAUCCUGACAAGGAGCUGAGUCUUUUCGCAGUUUGGGACGUUUUUGUGGAAAACAUCUUCACACUGGCAGAGAGGGACGUAUGUGACGAUGUGGCACUUCAAUCACUCGCCCUCGCUCGGACAGCUAAGCAUCCUAACACCAAGGGCGUCUUCCUCCUGACUAUACUGCCAGCUCUGUGCCAGCCAGCCGGGCGUUCGAAGACUCCAGCCUCAGAGAAAAAGCAGAAGCUCACCAUUGCUUCUGCACGCAAUGCACUGUAUCUUCACGUUAAGGUAUGUGUGUGUCCAUCUCAUACUUAUUGUACUCACGAUCUAUGCAUUACGUCCAUCAUGUCAUUUGAAGUCUAAUAAGAUUAGCCUUUGGAGGCUUAGAGCGCCUGAUGGGUAGGCAACAUCUUGUAUGCGGUGCAUAGGUGUAGUGUGGG